UUGAACAGAGGUUGGCAAGAUUAGAAACACUGCAAUAAACCCGCAGAUCCAGGAGUACAGUUCAGAACGCUUCCCAAACGAGAGCAGAGGCCCCUGUGCGACCUCGGGGUUGGGGUUUUAAGAUCAGUGUGCUGUGAGGGCAGUGAUGCGGUAAGGCUGCAAAGGGGCUGUGCUCCAGCCCCAGGCUGGCGGGAGGGAGUGGCGCAGCCCUCCCUGUGCGGGUCACCGUGUUUGGGCAUGUUUAGCCAUGCACAAAGGCUCUACCAGCAGGCUUUUACAGUCAAAUGCCAAGUAAUUCUUUGUGGGUAAAUACACAAAGAAGGUUUGGAUUUAAUGCUCUGCUAGCUCAGCCGUUGCCUCUUGCCCAGCCAGGAAACGUUGCCUGCCCAGCCCAGCUGUGUGGCUCGGGCUGCUCCCCAGCGUGGCAACAAGAGGUGACCUGUGCAGGGAGGGAUGGAUGCUGUGGUGAUGUGGCUGUGCCCCAGCAUGCAGCCGUCUGGCUCUUUUGAGGAAAUGCCAGAGGCUCUUUUCUGAACAGCCGGGCUCGUCUGGCACUGCUGCCCAGCAUGGGCAAGUUGUGGUGAGCAGCCAGCCCCUGGCUGGGCUCUGCAUAGCCCCUUGGGGCUUUUUGCCUCCUGGGAGGGCCCUGCAGAGCUGCCAGGGGGCAUGGAGCCUGGCUGCUAUGGGCAGGGAGCCAGGGACCUGCAGGGAGCAGGAGGGCAGGAUGGGGAGCAUCUCCUGGACCUCCCAUCUCAGCUGCCGUUCCCAAGCUGCCCAUCUGCAGUGCCCAGUGCCUGCAGUAGCCCUGGGGGUUUUGUAGUGCCGGCCCAGCUUGCUCCCGAACACCACCUGCAUCCUCCAGCACAGCCAGCCGAGGGCACGCACAGCCAGUCCUUCCUCAUGCUGACCUCUUGUGUCACCAUGGGCUUGGGCCAGGCAUGAUCCAGAUAAUGGGAUCCUAACGGUUCCCUGUGGGAACGGUCCUGGGGCUGUGGGGCACGUCCAGGGCUCAGGCAUGUACUUGUGCCCAUCACAUUGCCAGGUGUUGGGCUCCUUUCUGACAGCAGAUAGUGCAGAUGCAGGUGUGAGGGAUGAUGCUGUGGUGCUGGUCACCUUCCCACAUUGCGAAGGUAUUGCGUUUUCCUCAGUCCACAAAAGUCCUCAGUUUCAAACAGAUUCAGAGCUUGGAGUGGCCCCGGGAGCUGCCUCUCCGUUAUUGCCCGCUUGCUCUCAAAACCACACAGCAAGCAGGAGCUGCACUGGUUAAACUCAAAGCAAGGCAAGAGCUGUGCCACCUCCUGCAUGGAGUGCAAGCACAUGAUUUCCAGGAGAACUCAAGGCUACCGUAACUAAUUGAGCUCCAUUGAUGUAUUCUCUCAAAGCACGUUAAUGCCAUCAUGGCUGGUCUGCACUCCAGCUGUGCAAAUGCCAGCCCGCAAGCCAUGGACUCCCAAUGAACUUCUGCACCCACACCAUCGGAGCAAGCGUAUGCAUCCAGACUCGUGCUGUUUGCCCUGCGCAGCGUGGGGCUGGAAGCUGCUGUGGUGCACUCCAUAGCUGUGCCAGCUGCUCUGAAUGGCAGGAAGUGCAGAACUUCCUAGAUACUGUGCAGACCCCAGCUUCAAAGGGUGCAGGGUGCUUGGAUCUGUGGCUAACUCCUUGGCUGCAGGGGAUUUAACCCACGGGCACAGGAGAUGGUUUUCCUCUCUUUCUGCAAGCAGGCAGUGAUCGUCCCCUAACCUGGAGACUCCAGACUCUGAGUGAUCAAAUACAGCUUUGAACCAGUGGGCGAGGAGUGGUGCCCGGGCUUGCUGCGGCAGGGGCGGUGAGGCGGCUGUGUCACAGGGAGAGGAGGGGACAGGCAGGACGUGCCAGACCCCAGCACACACCGGGGGCUGCUGCAGGAGCUCCCAGCCUGGGCUCGCCGUCAGCACCUCCUGCGGCACGACGCUGGCACUGGGACAUGGACCAUGGGACAGGGCAAGAGCCCAUCAAAGGGCUCGGGCUUGUCUUGGGUGUCGGGCUGGCCUUGCUGAUCCUGGUGCUUCUCAGCUACACCAUCGUCCGGUGGUACCGCAGGGGCCAGUGCUGGCGCCGGCCCAACUUUGUCUUCAACCUCUACCACAACCGGUGCCUGGGACUGGCUGCCACCCCCUCGCUUGAGACAGAGGAAGACGCAGCUGCCUUAUCUCAGCCUUCCUCAAGCACAGACCCCGGAGGGAAAAGCUGCCUUUCCCAUGUGUCCCCAUGGCUCAGCGACAGCCCAGCCCUGGGGACCAGCCAGCUGCAUGUCCAGGAGACCUUGGGCAGGCUGUUGGGGAACAGGGCAUGCAGGGAACCAGCUAAAAAGCGUGGCAAUGAGCCAGAGCAUGGGAUGGCUGGUUUUGUGCAAUAGCAAAAAUGCCAUAAGGAAAUGAGACUGCUUCAAACUUCCCUCCUUGGCCAAGUAUCUGGACUGAUGUGGAAAUUGUUCUCUGCGCUGACAGUGCAAGCAAACACCUCAGAAAAACCCUGUUGGCUUUCUCGUGGCUUUCUUGUGCCCGCCACCUUCAACCUCGGCAGAGCAACCGACUGUGGCAGCACAAGAGCAGCCCUGGCACAGUUGCUGCAGCCCGUGGAGCGGGUCCCUGCCGCUGCUGGGGGCAGCAAAGCCGUUUGCAAGGUGUUUGCACAGGCACAGCCCCCGCUGGGGGUGCCACGGUGUAAGGAGGAGCGGGAGGAGGGCGGCUUGCAGGGGGAGUCAGAGCGAGCGUCCUCCGUGCCUUACACUGUGACUUAAUUCAGGAAAAUGUCAACAUCUGGGACUUCCAGGGAGUCAUAGGGACCGUCCAUGCUCUCGUUAUCGAAGCCAAACCACAUGGUCUGUAGCUUUCUGGCAAACUCCCGGGGGUUUUGUUGAAAGGAGAGCCCUGGCUGUUUGUGGGAUGGGGGGGAACGGCGCCUGUCUGGGCCCCGGUGCUGGCCCUGGACACCACCGGCUGGAGCCUUUCACGGCGAGAAGGAACCGGCAGCACCCGCCACUGCGGGGGAUCCAGGCACAGGGCUUGACGUCAGGAGAAUUUAGAUGAAAAAAAACCCAUAAAUAGUUCCGCUUCGUUUUGAUGACUGUUUUUCAGAUGAAGUUUAAAAAAAGAAAGAAAACCCCCGUCCCCUAAAACAGCCAGAAGCAGAAGAGAUGGUAGACGCAGAAGGGCAGGAGGAAGCCUGGCGAUAGGAAUGUGGCUGGCACCAGCGGUGCCGCUGCAACAGAGCACCCACCGUGGCCAAACCUUCCGUGUGAUGCGGGGAGCACGUCUCCAGUGCGACGUCAGACGUAACGGAAGGAAACGUGGUAAUGCAUCAACAACCCUUCUCCUGACUGCAGUGAUUCAUGUUUUCACUUGAAAAAAAAUGUACUCCCCGAGCUGGAUUUCCACUGACAGUUUUAAUGGGACAAUCCCACUGUGGAGGUUCUUAGAAACUUGGUGACUUUUGGAAAGACUCUCUGGUGACUUGGCAGCAGUCAAAUGUAGUCCACAGUAAGUCGUUUCCAUUCUGACAGAAAACGUCCUCCCACCCCCCAGUUCCAACCUGCUCGCUCCUGGUCCUUCCCUGGUGUGUCCCCCCCAGCUGCUGCCCUGUGGGACACACUGUGUCCCAGUGCAGACCUGUGAAACCACCACCAGCUGCCCAGGACCCCUCCCUGCUCCUCCGGUGUGUGCUCCCAGGUCCUCAGGUGCGACUGAAGCUCUGUUCUCCUUUGUCUCCAGCUGUGAUGUGGGAACAUUCUCCCCGGCAUGAGGCAAAGGCAUGUUGCCCUUUCCUGUAGGGGAACGUCUGUUUCCAAAAGUGGAAAAGCGUAGCUUGACCUUAGAAGAGCAGUGUGGAUGAAUGGACCAAAUAAAUAACACCACAUCCUUUGUGUAUUUACAAAUUAAAUAGAAUAAAUAAUGUCUGUAUGCAA